AUUUGCCUGACCUGAGGUUGUAAAGAUUUUUCUCCUAUUUUGUUUUUUUUUUUCCCUAAAAGCUGUAUAGUUGUUGGUUUUACAUUCGGGUCUAUGAUCCAUUCAAGUUGAAUUUUGUAUAUGAUUCAAAGUACACAUCAAGGUUCAUCUUUAAAAAUAUAUAAAUAUAAAUGAAAAAAAUAUAAUUGUUUUAGCACUAUUUGUUGAAAAUAUUCCCCAUUGACUGUUGAUUUACCAUGACAUCUUUUUCCAGACACUAUCAUUGGUAUAGGUCUCUCCAUAUACCAAUAUCACAGUGUCUUAGUUAUUGCAGCUCUUAUGGUAAAUCUUAAAAUUCGGUUGUGUUAUUCCUCCAACUUUGUUCUUCUUUUUCCAAGUUGUUUUAUGUAUUCUAGGUCCUUUGUUUUUAUGUACAAAUUUUAGAAUCAGCUUGUUAAUUUCUUUCUUUCUUUUUUUUUUUUUUAAAAAGCCUCCUAGGGUUUUGCAUUGAAUGUCAAGAUCAAUUUGGAGGGAACUGACAAUGUAACAAUAUUGAGUUUUCUGAUUUAUGCGUAUCUCUUUGAAGAGAUAAUGUUUAGAAAGUCUCAUUGUUUUGCUCAGUUCCUAUAUGUUUAUUGCUCAUGAUUGACAAUUAGUCUAAGUCCAAAGUGACCGUUCCCCUCUUCUUGCCAAGGUUGGUUCAGGAAUGGGCUUGUGACUCAGUUCUGGCCAAUAGGCCGGAGGAAGAGUUCUGGGAAAGAUAUUUCUGUCCUAAGAAGACUCCGGAAGAGAGGCCCUUUUCUUUCUCUGCAUGUUGUAAUGUCUAGAUAUGACAGCAGGAAUUGUUGCGGUCAUCUGUGAGGGGAAUCAGAACGAGGGCAAACAGUCAGCCUGCAGAAGAUGACAAAUCAAAAAGACAGAGAGGCCCUAGACCUUGAUGAUCGCGCGAAGCCAGGGAAAUAAUCAACCUUGGAGCCUACAUGACCUUCCUUGUUAUAGGAGAAAAAGAUUUGCAUGACAGCUCAAGUCCAUAACAGUUGGGGUUUUCUGUUAUGUGUAGCAGGAAUCAUCUUAUCUAACAUGUCCAGUCUUAGCUGCAACACAUUCCUGAAAAAUCACAGGCUAUAGAUUUUCCACUUAAAAAUAUUUUUAGUUUAUGUUCCCACUGUUUAUUUAAAAUGUGCACAUUGUUUUUUGUUUAUUUUUAUUUUUAUGCAUUAACAUUUUUUUUAAUGUUUACUUAUUUUUGAAAGACAGACAGAGUGCGAGUGGGGGAGGGGCAGAGAGAGAGAGAGAGAGAGAAAGACCCAAUCCAAAGGAGGCUCCAGGCUCCCAGCUGUCAACAUAGAGCCCGAUGUGGGGCUCGAACUCCCGAGCCGUGAGAUCAUGACCUGAGCCAAAGUCAGAUGCUUAACUGACUGAGCCACCCAGGGGCCCUUGCAUGUUGCUUUUUUUAAAUUUACGAAUUCAAUAUAUGAAUUUAGUCUCAUUGUAAAGAUACAAACUAUACACACCUGAUUAAUAUAAAAAGUCAAAGUUUUCCUCCAACCUUCCCUCUCCCCCAAGCUAACCCAAUACCCUUUCUGGAAAAUAACCAUUAUUGUCAAUGUGUUGUGCAUCCUUCUGGAUCUUUUUCUAUGAGUGAAAGGGACAUAUAUCAGUAUAUGUUAAAAACAUAACUUAUUUGGAUAUUUAGAGGCACAGGUGAAUGAAUAUUUAAAUUUGCAAGGGCUUUUUAAAAAACAGAAGAACUUUUGCCUUAGGUGUAUUGAAAUUAUUCUAAAUAUUUUUCCUUUUAUGGGAAAAACAUAUUGAGAUAUGCAUUAUAUAUUAUAGCUCACAAUCCAGUAGAGAGUCCUGCAAUAAUUUUCUGGCAACCUUUAAAAAAAGAUAAAAAUGUUUAUCUGAAAAGAAAUAUACUGAUGUCAUUGAAUGCUGGUCGAUGGUAGUUAUAAAGAAUACACUCACCGUGGACGACACAGCCAGUGUUGCUAAAAUUACACUCUUCCACCUGCUGUGAUGCUUGUUCUGUUGCCUCUGGUACACUUUUCUUCCACCCGUAAAGUCUAGGGCUGUGACUUUAAGUGAAGGGGCUAGUAAAAAAAAAAAAAAAGUGUUUCACCAUGUUGGAUAACAUGACUGCAUGAGUCAGAGCUACCUAGACUAAAAAACCAAAGUCAAUAUUAAAAGAAAUGUUCAUUAUUUCCUCCCAAACUCUUGCAAUCCCAUUCCCUGAAUUAAUUAACAUUAAUAAUUUUCUUUAUUUUCUUUUAUGCUGGUGUGUGUGUGCGUGCUGGGAUGUGUGUGUGCGUGUAGAAUGGAGUCAUGUGUUACUCUUUAAGUUAGGAUACAGGUUUGAAUCCAUAAUAAAGCCCCAAAAUAACAGUGGCUCUCACAGGAGAGAAGUUUAUUUCUUGCUCAUGAAAGAGUCCGGUUAUAAGCAGUCUAGGAGGUAUGGACUUGUCAUAGUGUCAGUGACACAGGGUCCUUCUGGCUUGUGCUGUCAUCCCCAGGUAUCUUGCUCAUCUACAAGAUUACCACCAUUUCUUCACUCCCACUCAAGGAGGGAGUGAAAAUCCAGGGGAAGGCAUUUCCCUUUAAAGAGCACAACCAGGAAGUUGCACAUAACCGCUCUCAUCCCACUGGCUAUCGUUUAAUCACAAACCACAUCUCACUGCAGGGGAGGCCGGGGAGAAGUAGUCAGGGGUGGAAGGGUCCAGACAACUCCAGGCUGCCUCCCUACGGCUCAGUCUCGGGCGUCCCGAGCGUUGGUUUGUUGCUGCUGUGACUUCUCUGGUUAGAGAAUGACACAGAAAGGGCAGGAAAAAAGUAAAAUGAAAAGAUUGAUCGACUUAAUUAAAAUUUAAAACUUCAGAACGGUGAAAAAUACUGUGCAAAUUAAAGGGCACGUGGCGGCGUGCCGUGAAAAUGAUUCGCAACAUGUAUAAUACGCAGGUGCGUAAUAAUCUUACAUAUUAACAACUUUUGCAAAUCUGUAAGAAGUCAGUGCUUCAAUUAAAAAUGGGCAAAGGAUGCCAGUGGCAAUUUAGAAAAAGAGAAAUACAACAAGCAAAUAGAUAUAUGAAAAAUAAACAUUAUAAGCAUGCUAUAUGAUUUUUUAAGUGCAAAUUAAGCAACAAAGGGUAUGCACCAUUUAACACAUGGAUAGGGACUACUUGUGUUGAAACUUUAUAUGUGUUGAAACUUUAUAUAUGAGUUCCUUUAUAUGUGUUGAAACUUUAUAUGUGUUGAAACUUUAUAUACGAGUUCCUGGCUGGGAGGAGGAAGAGAGGCUUUUUGAGCAUUCUUGUGGUCUGUUGCUUGGAAUAUAAUUGAAAUAAAUCUUUGGGAGGGCCUUUUGGCAAUAUGAAUCAAAACCCUUGAAAAAGUACAUACUUUGACUCAGACAUUCUACAGUAGAAAUGCGUCCUAAGGAAAACGUAUGUUCUCUAAUGUUUAGAAAACUCAACACAGAAUUGUUUACAAAAUAUAGAAAAAUCCAGAAACAAUGUAAAAUGCCCCUCAAAAGGGAAUUGGAGAAGUAAUUUAAUGUCUGUCCAUAUAAUGGACUACGCUGACGAAAUUAACAAUUUUGUAAAAGUAUAUUUAUCUUAAAAAAGGAGAGAUGGUUAUUAUGUAUUUGUAGGCAGGAAAGCAUAAACAAUGUGUACAAGAUGGCCCCAUUUUAAUAAAAGUAUCUACAUGAGUCAUUUAGGAUGCAACUCAUAAGCAAUAGAAAGUUCACUUUAAACUCACUUCAACAAGCAAAUUUAUUUGUUCAUAUAAGUAGAAACUCCAGAAGUAAGAUAGAUUUUAAUGUCAGCUGAAUUUAGCAGCUCAGAAAGCUCCUUAAAAACCCAGUUUCUUUUUAUAUCUCUUUUUUGCCUUCUGUAGCGUCUGCUUUGGCUGAAAGUUGGUUUGUGUCACGGAGGCAAGCUGGCCUCCAACAGCUUCCGGUUGUCCAACCGCAGAGAAGGGAGUGUUUCUCCCCAGGUCUCUAGCGGGAGCCCUAUGCUUCCUUCUGACUGGACCACCUUGAUUAUGUGGCAUUUCCAGAGGCAUGCUUUGUAUUGAUUGGCUUAGGUCUGGAUUGGGUACUGGUUCCUAAAACAAACACUGUUGGCAAGAGCAUACGAUUAUUGUAAUUUAGUUUAGCCAGAUCAGUCUCUAUAAUGGAGGUAGACAUGGGGUAAAUCCCAACAAAUCUGCAUGGAUAUUCUACAAUCGUGUGAAGUGGAAUGGAUGUUGAAAAGCUCACCCUUACCGCAGGAAACAGCCUGGAAGGAUGUAUACCAACGGCAAUUAUCUUCAAGUGGAAUUAUGGGGGAUUUUCAUUUUUCUUAUUUAUGCCUGUUAUUUUACAUUUUUUUUGUUGCUAAUUUUACAUUUUUGACAACAAACAUAUUACUUGAAAAAGUUUGAAAAGAAACAAAGGCUAUAAAUAUGAGAAAAAGUUGGUGUAUAACACUUGCGAUGUAAUUAACAGAUUGAGAGACUUAAAGCAGACAUGUUGGCAAACAGGAAAUCUGAAUUUUCAGAACGACACCAACUGUGCCUUGGAGAAGCUUCUGACUGCCUUUCUCUUGCCUCUGUAUGAAACUGUGGUCAUUUCUAUAGCUGUACCAUGAGAUUUUUGAAGGCUAGUCUGGCUUAAAACCAUUGGUUCCAAGUGGCUUGGGUCUUUCCCUCGUGGUGGGGUGACGAAACUUUUUAGCUCUCUCUAGAGACAUCUUCACUUGUCAGCUUGAAACACCAUGAAGUGGGAACCAACUCCAGAAGGGGUGCAGAAGGAGAAGCACUGGCCUCAGGUUCCUCUAUUUCUUUCUUGGACAGAAGGAGCAGGGUGUUCUUUCAAGAAGUGGCUAGCACAAAAAGUCCCUGCUUCCUCUGAGAGCCCGCAGCUCUCGGGAAUCACAGUGUGAAACUGGCUGUCGUCCCAGGGAACGGGCUCUGGGUCUGAGGCUCAGGAGCCUGGGAGAAUGUGAAGUGAGGCACUUCCCUUGACUCACUUCUGUUAGAUGCUGGGUAUUGGGGGUUCUUCCCAGGAUUCAUGGAGAAACUCCUGCUACUCUUCCACAUACUUUUUUCCUGGAGAAGAGAACUCAGUUUCCCACUGGCAGAAAAGACUUCCACUCGUAAUGUAAGUGAGUUCCUCCUGCUAGCCCCAUGUCUCUACUGUCCGGGAUUCAUCUCAUCAUUUCCUGCCCUGGUUUUUCAUGCAAGAAAAAGAAUACCUUCCCCAGAUCCUCUUCUUGGGAAAAGGAGAAGAAAAACACACAUCUGUCUAACCAAAGGAGCCAAGUUGCCCUGAAGAUCAUGAACUUGUCUUCUGACCACUGCAACAUAUCGGAUUGGCUGAGGCUGGAAGCAACAGUGAAGGCCUCUGUGUAUGUGGUGGCCUUCUUCUUUGCCACAUUCGUCACCGUCGUCAUCAUCACAAUAGUGUUACAGAAUUCGAAGCUGAGGAAAGAGGUCCGACACAUCCUCCUGUGCCACCAUCUGCUAUGCAUCUCCUCCUACUGUGGCCUCGGGGUGGUUUUCCAAGGGAUGCGGGCUCUGCUGGCCAACAGCCCCGUGCUGGUGUGCUGGGUGGUAUUUGGGGUCCAGCUAAGUGUUGGAGAAGGGAUCCUCUUUACGCUGGCCUUGAUGGCGGUCAACACUUACCUGGCUGUUUGCUGGCCUUUGAAAUCUCUGUCCUUGGUAGAUUCAGUUAAGUACAGGAUCUUGGCUGCAUCUUGGAUAAUCAUUAUAUUCAAGAAUGUUUGCUUAUUCCUCAUAGAAAGCGCUAACCCCCCUCGAGUUGCUGUUUUUAAAUCUGAACCCCUGUGCCCUGUGAUCUUGAAUGGCCCUCCUGCCAGAGCCGUUGGCAUGGUUUUCCUUUUCUUUCUUCUGUCCAUCAUUCUUAUAAGUUACUUUCUGAUCUACCGAGAAGGCAAACGGGCUGGCCAUUUUAAUAGAUCAAAUAUCAAAGCAAAAAAAACAGUCCUUAUUCAUUUAGUGCAGAUGAGUUUGCAUGUAAUACCAAUCCUGAUAUUCAUAGGUUUGGGAAAGAUGUGUGGGGUGUUUUUCUUUGCUUUAAACCUGGUACUUUUUGGAGUCUUUGCAUUUGCACAGUGUCUUAACCCCCUGAUCUAUGGGCUCUGGAACAGAGAGCUGCAAAGCGGAUUAUACCACUGGAUGUGCUGUCAGCUGUGGUGUGGUCACAUUAUGAACGACAGAGAGCCAGUUUAAUAUGGAACUCAGCCACUCGGAAUCAAUGACUCUAGCCUUAGCGGACCAUCAGCCAGGCUUGAGGACUUGCCUUUUACGCAACCUCACAACCUAAAAUUGGUGCCUUGGUUUGAUUCUGGAAGCGAUAGGAGUAAGUCAGAGCUAUUCAUCUGGCUUGCAAACUCUGUUGCUGUGUGCGCUGAACUGGCCUCACGGAAAUCGUUUUAUAUCUUUAAUUCUAAACCCAGAUCAACAUUUUUGGCGGCAUGCCCUACUGUGUUUCAGUAGUCAGGCAGCUUUUGAGAACGCACUUGUUUUUAGAAAUGGAGAAAUAGUCCAUGGUUGAUAGGAAGAGAAGUUUGGCUGUUCCUCUUCUAUUAAUUAGGGAUAGGCUUCGCUGCAUGUAGUAACAAAGCAGAAACCAAGUAACAGUGAUUUUGUAAAGUUUGAGAUUUUUUUUUCUGAUGUAAAAGAAAUCUGGAGGUAGACAAUGCAGUCUUAUAUCACAGCUCUGCAAGCAACAGGUUCGUUCUGUUCUACUCUGACAUGCUUAUUAUGCUACCUCAUGGCCCAAAAUGGCUGUUAAUGUUCCUGUCAUCAUGUUCAUGCUCCAGCCAACAGGAAGGAGUAAGGGGCAAAGGAAGGUCUAUACUCUCUUUUUUUUUAAAAAAAAUUUUUCAAUGUUUAUUUGUUUUUGAGAGAGAGAGAGAGAGCAGGGGAGGGGCAGAGAGAGAUGGAGACACAGAAUCUGAAACAGCCUCCAGGUUUGAGCUUCAGCACAGAGCCUGACGCAGGACUCGAACCCAUGAACCGUGAGAUCAUGAUCCGUGCCAAAAUUGGAAGUACAACCGACUGAGCCACCCAGGCGCCCCAUACCCUCCUUCUACAGACACUUUUUAGAAGUUACACAAAAUACUUUUUCUUCUAUCUAACUGGCCAAAAUUUACUCAUAUGCCUAUGCCUGGCUUUAAGAGAGAAUGGGAAUGAAUUUUAGUUGGGUAGUAGAGUCCCUGGCUAAACACUGGGGUUCUUGAUACUAAGACAGGAAGGAAGAAUGGCUAUUAGGAGGCAAAAUUAUUUCAGGGACCAUUUUCCUUUCAACCAAAUAAAGUAUAAAGAAAGAUAA